AUGCUCGAAGCCUCUGUAGAAACAUCCGGUUACAAUAAUAGUGACCAACUUGUAAGCGCUGGUGUUGCUCUCACUACAGCUCCUUCGCCAUCUUUCACUUCGAAUCAAGUGGAUACACGUCAAAUACAUCAUGCACAGCAGACGAGUAACUUCUCUCCAGAGCCACAAUCCCAAAACCUAAGUGUUACGCCAUGUGCUGACCAGCAUACCAUAUCAUCAAGUCGUAUUUACCCGAAUAUAAAGCUUCGGAAGCUUCAAUCAAUCGCUCCGGCCCCUACUGCUAGAACUGCCAAGUCUCGGGUGAGCGCUCAACCUAGUUCUAUCGAUGUGACAGAUAGGGCGAUAUCAAUGAGACGCACCUUGACCACCGAGAUGUCGACGUAUAUGGGUCCUGCAGCAGCCAAUCUCUUCGCCACACAAGCUGUAUCGGCAUCUGACAUACCUAGGGUUAGGGCAGGAACCAGGGCAGCACGCUAUAACCCGGGAAUUGGGGUGCUUUCAGGGAGGUCAAAGUUUAGUUAUCUCCCUCAGAACCAAAACUAUAUGAAUAGUACGUUGCCUUCAUUUUCUCCUGUAGUUGGAACGGGAUUGAAGAUAACACGCUGUCAGAGUGUCCCUGCGACGUCGACAGUAGCAGUAGAGCACGCACGCACGAGUGUGGGUGAGGCUGUUGGAAGUACUCCGUUGCCUAUGGGUGUGCAGCAUGCGAUAGCAACAACCCCUGCAGGAUUGUCACAGAUAGGCAGGGUGAAUACUACUAGUAGUACUACACAGAGUGCAGGCAGAAGGAAACAAUUGAACAUUAAGUUUUCUAUUACCAACAAGAGUGGGCGAACCCAGGUCACUCCCGGGAAUAGCAGGCACGGGAAGCCUAUGGUAAAUGUGAAUACACCGCCACAAAUGCAUGCGCAGCACCAAAAGCAUCUCACAAAUGUCAAUCCUCACACCAUACGGAAAAUUCAACCGUGCAUGGGCGUGCAUAGCGGCGUAUUUGCAAACAAUAACACACACGCGACGGACUCUCACCCAGAACCAACACAAGCUACUUCUGAACAGCAUCAUCAUGCGAUGCAACGGGAGCAAACUAUAACUGAAGAUCAUCAAAUUACAAAUGCUUCUGAGGGACACUUUGGUACUAGUCAAACGGAGGCGCCCUCGGGAAUACCGCAGCAACCCACAUCUUCUGUGCCACUACACCCACCUUCUGUACUCCGAGCGCCCUCACCUCAGAUUCAGAAACUGGCACAACUUGGUGCAGAAGGUGGGUCUUCUUGGAACAUCGAGACCCAGGAAUCUUCAGGUGAAGGAAUCGAACCACAACAUACAAAAAAGGAUCAGCAGCACGCCCAUGAAGGGCAGUCACAAUCCAGACUGCAACCGAUCCGGGAGCAGCAGACAUUACAGGCGCACAACGGAUCAAGCGCCCCAGAUUUACAGCAGCAACAGCAGAUGCAUCAACAACACAUAGAACAACAACAACAAAAACAACAACAACAACAAUCCGAUGCACAAGUGCAGAACUCUUCGACCCUGACACUCAACACGCCACCUCAUCGGCCGGGAGCGUUGAAGCACACAAAAUCUGCCAUAUCUCUACCAACGCGCAAACCGGUAGCAAUGGUACGUGCAGCCUCUGUGGGCACUCUGAACCAAGGGCGGACACCGGGAUCCGGGACACAGAUCCGAAGAAAUUUCAGCAUUUGCAAAGUUCCCACUGGCAAAGGAAGUCUUCAGAGAAGCCCUGCAAACACUGGUUAUGGAACACCGCACCCACAGACGCCAGUACCCAUACAAUUGGGUGCUCAGCCACAGAGCCAACCGCACAGCCAUGCUCAACUUCAGCGCCACGCGUAUGCUGGCAAUGCAGUGAAGGAAGCUGGAGGUGUUUAUAGGGUGCAGGAACCUGUUCAGGCUCUGCAGCCUAUCAAGCCACGGCCGCUACCACAUCCUCAUACACCGACUGAAGCGGGUACCGCUAUAGAUGCGACCACUAAGGCCGAUUCAUCUCGGAGUGUGAUGGUCGGAACUGCGACAAAUUCUCCUCGAAAUAGUGUGAAAGCGAAUCCUGGCAAGACUCUGCCACAUGCACGGUGCCAAUCACAAACCAGGAAGUUGCCAUUUUUAACUUCAAAGCAAAGCAGUCAACGAAUGACUAUAUCUGCACCUAAACACUCGACGCCGGAACAACUCUACCAGUCUGCCGCAGGCAAUCGCCAGGCACACAGUGACAGGCGUGACACCCCUCAGGUACCACAGCAACCGAUUCGCACACAAACACAAGCGGCAUUGGCAGGGGAGACUUAUCAUGUCCUUCGCCAAAAGGCCAAAGACGUUCGACAUGAAAUUCAAAGGUUGAGUAGGUAUUUAGAAACUCUAAAUGAUGCUAUGCACAACCAUUCUGACAAGAGGAAUGAGCAGUCGCUGUCAGAGAGUAUUGCAGGACCUCAACCGCAGCAGGCCAGCAGUGAAACGCAGCAUUUUCAGCCACACCAACGAGAACACCUGGUACAACAACCUUCACGACCGCAGGAACAGCAACAGCUACUACUACAACAACAGCAACAAACUCAACAACAACGACAGCAACAAACUCAACAACAACAACAACAAACCCGACAACAACAGCAGCAACAAACCCAACAAACCCAACAACAACAGCAGCAGCAGCAGCAACAAACCCAACAACAACAACGACAGCAGCAACAAAACCAACAACGACUACAACAACAAACCCGACAACAACAGCAGCAGCAUCAACUACAGCAGCAACAAACCCAACAUCAACUACAGCAGCAACAAACCCAACAUCAACUACGGCAGCAACAAAACCAACAACAGCAGCAAAGGCAUCAGCAACAACAACAACAGCUUCAACAGCAAUGUCAUGAAGAUGGACAGCGUUUAGAAAAACAUCAUGAUGAUCAACAACAUCGUCACCAGCAACACCAGCAACAACAGGAGCGUCAAUUUCCUCAGCAAUGGCAUCCGAGCCAGUUACAGCAGCAGGCAUCGGCUGUUCACAUUCCUCAGCAAGAAGCACAAUCUGCUUUGGAACAGGGGGUGGCACACCAUGGCCAGGCAAGUGCGAAAGAGUAUGACGCUCGAGAGCAGAUACAGCCGCAAGUACCCGAACAAACUCAUGCACGCGCAAAACAACAGUAUACCCUGCAGCAGGUGGACAACUUGUCACUCACCAGACAGCGUUCUUCGCAAGGAACGAUGUCCUCGCCAAGCUCACAGGGACGGACGUACCAAAGCGCCUACCCGACCCCCCGCCAAUCGCAAGUGGGCAUUGAUGACAUAUGCUCGCCUUUCGUGUUUGGGAACACUGCGGAGACCAAUAUCAUUACAACCAGGUCCACCAGUACAGUCUUAGCUCGAAGUUUGACAGAGCCCAUACAUGCAGCGCUAGUGAGCAAUAUAGCUGAUUCAAAGCGUUUGAGCGAAUUCACUACUUUAGUGCAACCUGAUACCAACGUGACGGAUACAACGCACACUAAGCACAUUGCAGGCGAUACCACAGCUGAUUUAUUGAGUGGCGGUUCGUUGUCUCAGGAACCAGCCCUUGCGACGUGGGACUGUGCCGCCUUGGCACCUGUAGAUACGGCCAUGCACGCUACUCUAGACCUGAGCGAGUCUACACUAGAACAUACACCAGCCAUGGAACUGGAUAUACGUCCCACUACAGGAGCAGAUGCUGCCGGAGACGUAGAUAUGACGAAAAGCUCUUCGGAUACUCCGUCCGUUGGAGGCGUAGCCACAGUACUGGAAGAUUCCCAGACUGCACGUGGAAACAGUGGGGUGUGUGGGGAUGGUGUGGGAGCGACAACCAGUAAGAGUCAAAAAAGUAUGAGCGAGGCGUGUGACACGUUGCUGAUGGACAGGAAUGUGGACAUGUCACACGAGAGUUACUCGGACUUGGCCAGCACUUUUAAUUUGGACAUCUCAACUGAACAUCUUUUAGAGCAUUGCAACCCCGACGACUUCUUCGGGAUGGAGGUGUAUCACUGUGCUUGAGGAUUCGUGCUCAGCCGGGUCAUAACCGGCACCGUUUGAGGCAUCUCCAACGUAGUCGCCGAAAAAAAUUAUGCAAAACGACGAAGCGUUCGAUUGCAGCACAGGAAUGACGAUGCUCCUCGGAACAUAUGCAGAGGGUAGUCGAACGAAAUAUACCUAAACUUGGUAAAAUUGAUUUAGGUUGCGUCCCCAUCCAUGGGACAUGAAGCAGUGGACAAAGCAGUGACUGUCACUGUUGAUAAAUUUUAAUACCCCAGUGUGGAAG